GAACGGGUCAAUGUCUGAGGAGGCUUCGAAAAAUUCGUAAGUGGUUUGGUGUUCGUGUGCACGGUGAGAAAGAGAAAACGUCGUUGAUUAUCAAGAAUUGAUUUUGCCGCGUACGUCCAGGUUGCGCCUUUACCCCUUUCCCGCCGCCAGGCUCGAAGCGACAUUCAGUUAUAUAGUGAUUUCACGAUUAUCGAAAGCAGAGGUGGAAAACGACGGUGACGACGAUCUCCCUUCGAGCAACGUCGACACGGACGACGACGAAGACGUCCACGUCGGCGUCAGCACGAUUCCUGCUUGUUUCUCCGUAUAGCACAAAAGUGUUUGCGACGAAGCGUGUACUAGCUUGGCAAGUUGAUAACGUCCGGCCUGACAAGUUAAGAAACGUAGGAGUGACGAGUAGUGACAAGAUUCGAAGUAUAUCGAGAAAGAUAGAGCGAGUGAGAAAGAGUGGUAGUGGAGGUAAGAGAGUAACGCUUCCCCCGCACGAUCCAAAACUAGGAGUGUAGAAGUGAGAGAAAACAGUAGAGAGAAUAAGUGAUAGAGAAAGGAAGAAAACGAGUGAGAGAAAGGGAGAAAAAUAAUCAACGAUGCUAUUAAAGCAAAAAGGAGAAGACAAGUAGAAAAAUACAAUGUAACUCAAAAAACUUUAAUAGAUAUCGUUGAAGAGAGGAAAAAUUGAAAUUGUCACAAUUCCUAGAGUGACUACAAUUAGAUACAUAAGGAGAUUAUUAUAAACGACGAAGAAAUUCGACCCGUCAACCGGAUCAUCGUGGAGUUGUACUAUAUAGGAAAGCUACCAAGUGCGGCGGUGUGCCUCCACUGGCGAACGUGUACGAACCGUUCCAAAAACGUCAACCCCUGCCUCCCUUCGCGGUAUAGCUCCGCAACACUCCGCGCCCUCGUCAAGUUAUUAGGUAGUAAAAUCGCUCUUCGUGCAUGAUAUUCCCUGACAGUCAGCAGUUAAUACGAAAGAUUGUCAUAAAUUGUGUCAAUUUGUUAAUUGGACGCCAUCGACGCGGUGUAUCGUAAUCGGUGGUGAGCAUUCAUCGGAGAAACGAGAAAAAGAGCAUCGAGUGAAUCGUAUCGGCGGGCAAGCCUGUCGCGCGAAGUUGCUUGUGCGAACGGAGCGUAUAACCCAGUGUGCGCUGUGUUACGAUAAACGUUUUGAUCGCGAGAGUCGCUACCGUCACUGCCACCGCCACUAUUGUCAGUGGUAACGGGAGCAUAUAUAUUUGGAAGGAAGUGUUUGACAGUGAUCAAAAAUUUCAACCAACGCUGUUUCUCCAAGAGAAUUUUCUUCUCUUUGUUUUAUAGUGAUUAUAACGAUUGUGAAUCACGGUUCUUCGCCGUGCUUUCCGUUUUCUCGAUCUUGCGCGCGCUUUGCUCGCCCGUAGCUCUUCCUUCCCAUCCAUCCAUCCAUCCAUCCAUCCCUCCCUCCCUCCCUUCCUCCCACCUUCUUCCUCUCUUAUUCUUUCUCUCUCACUCUCUCCCUCUUCUUUCGCGUGUUAUCCUAUCUCACUCUCUUUCUCUCCCUCCAUCCAUCGAUCGAGCGCGGCCGUGGCGUAAUAUAGAAGAACCGAACCGUGCGGACGUGCAUGCGUGCGUGCGAUGUAAUUAUCGUUCGUGCUGUCAUUGAUGUCCGAGGUGGUGUCAACGACGAUAACAACAACGACGACGACGGCGACGACGAAGACGCACUGCUGGCUAUCUUCACGUGAGGAAGUGGCACGGCCAGCCGAGGCGGCGACCAGCAGAGGAAGAAGCAGAAGCGGCAUAUCAUUCUAAAGUUUUGACUGUCAGGUGGCGGUGGAGAAGCGGGUCAAGAAGAUUUCAGAAUGAGCAGCCGACCGAGGACCACCUCCUUUGCCGAUUGCACUAACGCGCCCUCGAAUCCGCCCCUGGGUGGCAUGAGAGUCAGCAGUCAUCCGGCUGGUGGUGUAACAUUAAAAAAAGGCGGUGUGAUGUAUAAUGCAGAUAGAGAUGGCAACAAAGUUACAACCGUGGUGGCUACACCUGGUGCUGGUCCAGAUCGUCCCCAAGAGAUCUCCUAUACAGACACUAAAGUAAUCGGUAACGGCAGCUUCGGCGUUGUAUAUCUAGCGAAAUUAUGCGACACGGAAGAACUGGUCGCCAUCAAGAAAGUUCUUCAAGACAAACGAUUUAAGAACAGAGAAUUGCAAAUCAUGCGGCGCCUCGAGCAUUGUAACAUCGUGAAACUGAAAUAUUUCUUCUAUUCUAGUGGUGAUAAGAACAUCUUAAACGCAACUAAUCCAGUUUUUCAUGUGGACAAGGACGAGGUUUAUUUGAACCUAGUGCUGGAAUACAUACCUGAAACUGUGUAUAAAGUUGCUCGGCAUUAUAACAAGAGCAAGCAGACCAUACCGAUUAAUUUCAUUAAGCUGUAUAUGUAUCAAUUAUUCCGUUCUCUGGCGUAUAUCCACUCGCUGGGAAUCUGCCACAGGGAUAUCAAACCGCAAAAUCUUCUUCUGGACCCGGAAUCCGGCGUUCUUAAGCUCUGUGAUUUUGGUUCCGCCAAACAUCUGGUCAAAGGGGAGCCCAAUGUGUCUUACAUCUGUAGUCGUUACUAUCGCGCGCCCGAAUUGAUCUUUGGUGCUAUUGAUUAUACUACAAAAAUCGAUGUUUGGAGCGCAGGUUGCGUAGUGGCAGAAUUAUUGCUCGGCCAACCGAUAUUCCCAGGGGACAGCGGAGUGGAUCAAUUGGUCGAGAUCAUCAAGGUGCUCGGCACCCCGACACGUGACCAGAUACGUGAGAUGAACCCCAAUUACACCGAGUUCAAAUUCCCACAAAUUAAAGCGCAUCCAUGGCAAAAGGUGUUCAGGGCACGCACGCCACCCGAAGCGAUGGAAUUAGUCGCUGGUCUCCUAGAGUAUACGCCAUCCGGCCGAAUCACACCGUUAGAAGCAUGCGCCCAUCCUUUCUUCGACGAACUUCGGGAGCAGGGUACGCGAUUACCAAAUGGCCGAGAACUUCCCCCUUUAUUUAACUUUACAGAAUACGAGCUGCGGAUUCAGCCAUCUUUAAACUCGAUCCUAAAGCCGAAGUACAUGCAGACUUCGGAGAAUGCUGGAGGCCAGUCGGAACCUGUCGCGGGUAGCAGUGGUAACGUUAGUGAUAAUAACGUGAACGCCACGUUAUCCACCUCAAAGAACACAGACCCCGGCCAAUCGAACAUGGCUUAAGCUACUUUUUAUUUCUAACGUUAAUUAAACAACAAAACGAGAAAGACACAAAGAGAAAGAAAGAGACGGAAAAACCGAAAGAAUUCACGUGUUAGAAACUAGCCUUAACAGAAAACGAAAAAAAAAAAAAAAAAAAAAGAAAAAAAAGAAAAAAGUUCAAGUAGAUCAAGAUAGAAGAACGAAUGAAUGAAAGGAAUAUUGAUAUUCUUUUGAGGAGGAUGUCCAUAAGCAACGUAACAUACACGAUACAUACACAGUCCCUUAAUUGUAAAUUUUUUCAACUUUAUGCGAAUGGCGAUACCGUCUGGUAUUUUGAGCUUUGUUUGCUUGAAACACGAAUGACACGAAAAUAUCAUUAUAGAAUUAUUAAAAUAUAGUUCCCCUGUUUGUAACGGGUUCGCCUGGGUAUACCCCCAAAUUUCGAGUGGCGUGUGCGAGUGCUUGAUUGCCACGUUAUUGCCAAAAAUAACAACAAAAUAUUGAAUUUAAUGUAUAUAUAUUAUAGGAACUGGAACCGUAAUCUAACUAACUUUAAACGAUAAUUGCUAUAAACAAUGAAAGAAAGAGACAAAACGACAAAAAAAAAAAAAAAUGAACGCGAAUUUUUUCUAGCUGAGAAGAAAACAAACGAUAUGUACCAUCAUACAUUGUGUCUUGUAGUAUUCACGUCGCUUGUGUCGUCGAUCAUUUUAUCAUUCACGGAACAUACAAAUACACACAUACAUACAAAUACACACAUUCAUAGCUAUUAUUAAAGAGAUAUAUAAGAGUUAUUUGCUUUUUGACACUUAUAUCGAUGACUUUUAAAGAUUUUACAGAGGAAUAAGAAAAUCGCUAGGCUUUUUCGCGAAGAACGAGAGUAAGAAAAGUUGCAAGUUCCCUCCAAAAUGUAUGAGACGAAUGAACCGGCGAAAAGGGAAUGACGAAGAUAAUUCCAAUAAUUAUAAUUGUAAUGUAUAAAAAUACGCGAAACAUUUAGGAAUAUUUUUUAUUGCGUUCAAAAUUCGAGCGUUGAUCGAUAUUUUCGCAAACAAGAGAAAAAUUUCACGUGGAAGAUUCAUGAUUAAACAUUCACACUCACUCACACACACACACACACACACACACACACACAACACAACACAUUACAAGAAUAAUUUGCGUGCACAAUCUCUAUUAUCGACUAAGACUAUGUUUCCGACGUGAGAUAUGUUGCGAACAUCAAUACGAUUAGAAAAGAAGAAGAAGAAAAAGGAAAUAUGUAUCUGAUAAUCUGAUCUUGGACGAGACACAAAAAGAAAAUUUCUAUUUAUUGGGACACGACACGUGAAACACUCUCGUAUUACGUACACACUCGUUCGUGCCUAUUGUCAGCCAUGCCUGGACGAUUCGAAUCGCUAUCCUCUAUUUAAUGAAAUGAACGCUAAUUAACUCGAGUACUUUAUUCGUUACGUAUUUAAUUGUCACACGAUUAUCGUUGUAUAUUCUUUAACGGACUCUCGGCUACAACCGAGCGAUAUUUUUCAUCCUACGCGACGAAACUCUACAGAGUGCGAUUUUCUUUUUUUAAACCUGUCACAAUUUAUUUUUCUUCUGUGUCAACAGGAUUUUAGAAAUGUUUGUAACGUUUCUUUUUCAUUUCUGUAUCAGCAUGCGAAGAACAGACAGUAGUAAGUACAGACUUAUAAGCGAAUUAUAUAGAUUAUUCUUUCGUACGCAUCACCAUGCAUAUUUUAUAUGUUCUUGAAAGAAACGACGUUGUCGGAUAGAGCGACUUCUGACUUUCCUGAUCGAGAUGUCGAAGAUCAAGAUGGUCGCUUCGUUAAUUGAUUGUCUUGCAGAAUUAUGCGGCGAAAAAACUGAAAUAGAAGUGUACAAAAAGAGUUUUGUAUAUUUCGCACGAUGAAUUUCGAUUUUUUUAAAUGAUGAAAAAACGACCUCUAUGCAAUUGGAUCUUUCGGAGCAUGUUGCGCGUGAGUUAGCCGCCAUUUUACACGUUUCUACAUAUCAUAUCGCGUGUCUCAAGAGACUACAAAAAAAAAAAAAAAAAAAAAAAAAAAAAAAAAAAAAAAAAAAAGGAGGCUAUCGAUAAAAGUCAAUACCGAAUGAUUUAUUUCAGUUCCCUUCUUUUUUAGAGAAAGGACAGAAGGACUCGAUUAAGAAAAUAGGAAAAAUAAGAGGGAGAAAGAACAAAAUGGAAGACAGAUGAUAGAUCAAUAACGGAAAAAGUGAAAGGGAGUGUGACAGAAGGGGGGACAGAAUGAAAGUAGUAAGUGAGCGAAAAUGAGAGAGAAAGAGAUAUGCUAAGAUAUUUCGUUUCAAAAUUUUUAUCCGCGUUGUAAUUACGAUACGUUUUUUAAAUUACGAUUAAUUUUUUUUUUCUUCAAUUAUUUAAAUUGCUUCUCAUUGCUAUAUGAACAAUCGGAUAAAUUUAUCGAACUCUUUUGUUUUCUAAUCCGAACACGCAAAACGGAAAUACAUUUUUAAUACCGAAGAAAACUAAUCUUUACGUUUUGACAAUCGUACAAUGAUAUUUUCCCUUAUCGCAUUAAAAACAAAAAAGAAACGAAUCUGAAUAUUCGUCGAGAUAUACAUCGAUCAUGGAAUUUUUAUCGAUAACGGUAUUUUUCCGACAUUUCUUUAAGCAUAAAUCAAUAAUUUUAUCGAUGUAAAAAUAUUGAUCAUCUUUUUAUUCAUUAGAAUUAUAGAAUUAUAGAAUUUAGAAUUAUAUUAAUAAUUUAUUUCUUUCGAUUUAUUUCUAUCCUAAUUUUGAUCUUUGUCGAAAAGAAAAGAAAAAAGAAAAAAGAAAAAAAAAAAGAAAAAUUACUUAUUAAAACUUUAAUGUAUCAUUAUUUAAACAUUCUGCUUAAUGAAACCAUCUUGUCUUUCAUUUGCCGUGAUACAUCCGGCAAGUUCUAAGCAUAUCCUAUGAUAUUAUUAUUGAUAUGCUUGAACAAUACCUAUAGUAAGAUUGAUGUAUUUAAAUUCCCUUUGUCAAUUGAUAUCUUCUGGAUAUAAGAAAAAAAAGAAAGAAAGAAAGAAAGAAAAAGAAUUGGCAAUAUUUGGCGAGUGUUGGAAAAAUCUUGGAGAAAAGGGAAAUUAUUAUUUUUAAAUUUUAGACGGACGAAAGAAUAAUGAUUAGCAGCCGCAAAAAGCAAAACACAAAUUAUGUUAUAUGGGGAAGAAGGGGAGAAGAAGGGAUAACUUAAAAAACAAAUACGAAGAAAUCUUGCACUUCUUAAAGAGUAAAUUGUUGGUUAAUUGUCGAGAUUAUUCUAUUAAUAAAGAAAAAUUUAUAUCGAUUUAGUUCUAAUUCAAUCUUUCUUUUGUUUUGUAAUUUUGCGUACUUUGAAUAUCAUUUCAGCGUGAACUUGAAAGAAAAUUAAGUUAUAUAGUCUAGAAAAAAAAGAAAAAGAAAAAAGAAAAAAAACAAGACGAAUCGUCGUAUGAUUAAAGGGAUCAAAUCUAUAUAUGUAUAAAAGAUAAAUUGGAAUUUUAACAAUGUAAAUCAAUUCCGAUAUAUUCUUAUUUUGUUUUAUCCUUUGGUUUAGAUUUUACUCUAUUACAAAAAAAAGUACGCCAAGCAUAGACAUUACAGACACAGACAUUUACAAAAUGUAAAUAAGUAACGAUACGAAGAAGAAAACUAUAAAAAAUAUUAAAAGUUCAUACUAUAUAAAAAUACUUAUUAUAUAUGUGACUUAUAUAAACAUAUACGCGUAAUAUGUGUUAUUAAAUUACGUAUAUAUGUGUAUAUAUUUAUACAAAUAUACGAAUUAAUUUUUAACAAUAGCGAUUAAUGAUUAACUUUAUUGUAAAAAAAAAAAAAAAAGAGGAAGUAGGAGAAAGAGAGAAAGGAAGUAAAUGAGGGUGUGAAAGAGAAAGAGAAAGUGAAAAAUAAGAAGAGUUAGAUGGAGAGAAAGGGAAGAAAAAAAAAAAGAGUGAUUGACUAUUCGAACAACUAUUGUCAUCGAUUGCCUGAAAUUCUCACUACCGUUACCACAUAAAAAUCACCAGUUCUUUUCUUUGUCUUCUUAUUAUUACUAUCAUCAUGUCGCACCGUUUCGAAUCAUCUAGUAAAUAAAUUGUAAUAAUUGUGUAAAGAGAAAAAAAAA